AUGAUGCUCAAAUCCAUGUUUUAUUCAGUUGUCAAAACAUCAGGCCCAACGCCUGUGGGAUUGCACCUCCGCUCGCCUCUCGUCAUAAGUGCCGAAGACGUUGUUCGCUUUGAUUCGGCAGUUGGACACAGAGAGGGUACCAACCCUUCGCACUUGAAACAUGGUCAGCUAGCCCUAUUUCUCUCGGCCAUGACUGAGCCGGGCAUGCUUCUACUACUCGCCAGCCCGUGGUGUCCUAUCAAUCCCCUGGGUGCUGUUAACGUCCGUAACACAUUCGAGCUAAUUCGUCCGGAAUUAUGUGACCUAGAGAAGCUUACGAAGAUGGAUUCGAUGCACGUGGAUGCAGUAAUGCACCCAGAACCAACAAGAGUAAAGCGUGGAAUCGAGUGGGCUCUCGAAAUAACGAUCAGUACCCCCAGCAAGAGGAACAAUGGGACGUACCAGACUAUUUUCCGCCAAGUUUUCAUUAUGCUGGAAUUCAAAAAGAUGCCAGGCAGCGUCAUAUCAAAGAGCUUGGAUGAAAGCAAACAUGAUACGUCAACACCAGGAUCUACACGCACUAAUACGCAAAUCUCAUUAUCCAAAGACGAUCCAUUGAAAUGGGCAGCGUUAUGCAAGGACUACAACUUCAUACAUCUGUCAGGACUCGCUGCAAAGCUGUUCGGUUUGCCCGGAAAACUUGCACAUGGAAACCAUGCAGCUGCAAAAGCAUUGCAGAGCUUGCUUGACGCUGAAAACACGGCAUUGCCGAACAAUACCCCCCUGCAGAUGCGAGUGGACUUCAAGAAACCAAUGGUAGUCCCUGGUAUCUUUGAAGUGUGCAUAAAAGAGUCGCCGUCUACCGGCAUUGGAUUUGAAAUCCUCCAAAAGGGAAAAGUCCAUGCUACUGGCGCAUAUGGUCCACUAGAGCCAGACAGAUAG